ACAAAAUAAUGCCUUUUCCAUAAUUAUCGUUCCCCUUUUCCCUUCGCCCUCAAUUUGAAACCCUUAUCUGUUUCUUCGAGUUUUUUAGGGUUAGGAUUUUAAGAAUCCUCAAAGAUGCAAUUUGCGGAUCCCAGUAAGAAACGCAAGUUGGAUGAAAACGGUGUUAAUUCACAGGUAUCGGAGCCGGACCCGAUCACAAAACUAACACCACAAGACGGCCGCAAGCUGAUCGAGCGAUUCACCGUCGAUCAACUCCUCGACAUCCUCCAAGACGCCGUUUGCUGUCAUGUGGAUGUUCUUUCCGCUGUACGAUCUAUUGCCGAUCAAGAUCCAUCCCAACGGAAACUCUUCAUCCGUGGUUUGGGUUGGGAUACUACAACCGACGGCCUUCGUUCACUUUUUUCGGUCUAUGGAGAAAUCGAAGAAGCGGUCGUUAUCCUCGACAAGGCUACUGGGAAAUCGAAAGGGUAUGGAUUUGUUACCUUUAAGCACGUCGAUGGUGCUUUGCUUGCUCUUAAAGAACCCAGUAAAAAAAUCGACGGAAGAGUUACGGUGACGCAGCUGGCAGCUGCUGGGAAUUCUAGUACGAAUAGUAACCCUGUGGAUGUUCAUAUGAGGAAGAUUUAUGUGGCCAAUGUGCCAUACGACAUGCCAGCUGAUAGGUUAUUGGCUCUUUUUUCUCAGUAUGGGGAAAUUGAAGAGGGUCCUUUGGGCUUUGAUAAGCAGACUGGGAAAUCAAAGGGAUUCGCUCUUUUUGUUUAUAAGACGGCAGAAGGGGCUCAGUCGGCACUGGUGGAGCCUGUCAAGAACAUUGAUGGAAGACAGCUGAAUUGUAAGCUUGCUAUAGAAGGGAAAAAAGGGAAGCCAGGACAAGAUGGGAUGAUGCAAAGUGGAGUUGGGGCUCCGGGAAAUACAGAGAUGGGGGUUGGAGGUCAUGGUGGUGGUUAUGGUGUUCCUGGUGGACCAGGUGUUAUGGGUGGUUAUGGCGGAUUUCCUGGUGGGUUGCAAGGACCGCCUGGUUCAAUGGGUCAUCCUCAUCACAUGAAUUCAUCAGGUGUUGGGGUUGGGGCAUUGAGUGCGAGUGGAGGUGGUGGUUAUGGUUCCGGACUUGGUGGGCCGUAUGGUGGUUAUGGUGGACCUGGCUCAACUGGCUAUGGUGGGUUGAGUGGUGCUGGUGCUGGUGCAGCUUCAGGAUCUUCAUUAUAUAGAUUGCCACCAAGCUCUGUUGGGAUGCCAUCUGGAGGGUAUCCAGAGAGUGCUCAUUAUAGCUUGUCUUCCAGUUCCGCAGCUGCUUUCCCCAGUCAGCAUCACCAAGGAGUAGGGACAUCCCCUGUGCCAAGAGUUCCACCUGGUGGAAUGUAUCCCAACGGACCACCUUUCUACUGAGGUAGUCCUCCUUGAUUUGGCAUUGACUUUUUUUGGUUGGUGAUGUAGAAUGAUGAAUUGAGUUGUCAAUGGGUGUUUGAUUCAGGUUUAUGACAGCUUGUUGGGCGCAGAUGCUUUAUGUGGUUCUGGUGAUUGCGUGAAUGCAGACUAUAUAUACUCUGGCUUGAAUGUAUUUGCUGGGCUCUUACAGCCACUUCUCUUGAUCUGCACCUCUAAGAUGUUUAUUUCUGAAUGCUUGUUGGCAAAAACUUGUGAUGUAGACUAGUUUUUCCAUGUUUUAUUAGGAACUUAUGUUCCAAAGGCCUUUUUAAUCAUUAGUAUAGUUUUUUAAUAAAAAAAUAGUGAGUUGAUGUUUUUUUCUCUCUCUAUUUUUGCUAGAUAGCAUCUCCUGUCCUUGGAAUUUUGUUUCUUUGUUGGUUGAUGUUGCUAUAAUGUUGAUUAUUCUGUCAUGUAUACAGCUUAAUAAGUUAAAUGUAGUUCUUUAUUUUUCUAUAUUAAUUAACGGGGUGUAGGAAACCUGCACCAGAAAGCUGUUACUAUGUU